AUGGCUUCCACUGAUGAGCUUCAACAUUCCAGCUUGUAUUGCUAUAACAACUCCACCACCAACAACUCCUCAUAUAACAACUCCACCACCACCACCUCUUCCUAUAACAACUCCAACACCACCAACUCUUCCUACAACAACUCUACCACCAACAACUCCAUCACCAACAACUCUUCCUACAGCAACUCCAACACAACAAACUCUUCCGAUAACAACUCCACCACCAACAACUCCACCACCACCAACUAUUUCUAUAACAACUCCACCACCAACAACUCCUCCUAUAACAACUCCACCACCAACAACUCCACCACCAACAACUCCUCAUAUAACAACUCCUCCUAUAACAACUCCUCCUACAACAACUCCAACACCAACAAUUCUUCAUACAAAAACUCCAUCUCCAACAACUCUUCCUACAACAACACCAACAUCUCUUCCUACAACAACUCCAUCACCAACAACUCUUCCUACAAAAACUCCAUCUCCAACAACUCUUCAUACAACAACCCCAUCACCAACAACUCUUCCUACAACAACUCCAUCACCAACAACUCUUCCUACAACAACAACUCUUCCUACAACAACUCCAUCUCCAACAACUCUUCCUACAACAACUCCAUCACCAACAACUCUUCCUACAACAACAACUCUUCCUACAACAACUCCAUCUCCAACAACUCUUCAUACAACAACUCUAUCACCAACAACUCUUCCUACAACAACUCCAUCACCAACAACUCUUCCUACAACAACAACUCUUCCUACAACAACUCCAUCACCAACAACUCUUCCUACAACAACUCCAUCUCCAACAACUCUUCCUACAACAACUCCAACACCAACAACCCCAUCACCAACAACUGUUCCUUCAACAACCCCAUCACCAACAACCCUAUCACCAACAAGUCUUCUUACAACAACUCCAUCACCAACAACUCCUCCUAUUCUCUUUGAAUACAUCAUUGUGGUUGAGUUGAACACCACAGAUGUCACUCUAAUAAAUCAACUGAGUACCAUUCUGAGAAGCAUCCGUUACCCCUUUAUCAUCAACAACACACAAAUCCUUGAUGUAAACAUUUCUACAGUUUGCUCUCCGAGCAGUACUGGUUACCAGUGCAGAUGUGAGGAUCAGUAUCGUUGGUCAUGUGACCAGUGUUUACAGUAUACAUCCUGUGACAACAUCACUGGGGACACAUGUGGAUGCAUCAAUGCCAUUCCUCCUGAUGGACAAUACUGCCAGCCUUCUGGUCAAAACA